AUGGCCGUCAGUCAAGGCAUCAAUGCCAUGAAAUGCCUCGGACACCAUGAUUGGGAAUUUGACGAGACUGUGGAUAUACCAGGUUUUUUCGAAAUAUUCUGGUUGAGCGCCCUCUUCUACAACGCCGCCCUUCUGUUCAUCAAGUUGACAUUUCUCGCGCAAUAUUUUCGAAUCUUUCGUGAUGUAUACUUUAUGGAAAACCUCUACCGAGUGGCCAUGGUUGUUAUUACGGCGUGGAAUAUUGGAGAGAUGCUCUCGGUCAUCUUUCUCUGCUUUCCCGUUGCCGGGUUCUGGGACCACUCUAUUGAGUCUUCGUGCCAGAAUCAGCGACUGGGGACCUAUGUGAAUGCUGUGGGAAACAUGAUUACGGAUGUCGUCAUCAUUACUUUGCCGCUGCCUGCGCUUUGGAAAUUGCACUUGACCCGCGCGCAACAGUUUGCCGUCUUUGGAGUUUUUGGUAUAGGUUCCAUGUAA